UAAGAGCGUCUCUAUGUAUCAAAUCAGGAAGUUGGAGAUCCCGGUAGUUCCCCUUAACUUUAGAGAACUAUUAUAGUUCGAGCUUCGCCAUCGCAUGUUUAUGAACGUCUAUAACAUAAAUACUCAUUUCAUUCUUUUCCCGUCUUUGACGUGGAAUCGCAGUCAUAUUUUUCUUACCGGAACUAGUUGAAAACUCGAGAGGUGAAAAACAGAACAGGAGGAUGGAGGUUACUCACCUGACGGAGGACGAAAUGGCCGAUAUAAAGAAGGAAGCCAUAGACCGGUUACGACCAUACCUGGUGGAUAAGAUCAUCGCGGAGCGGCACUUCGAUUACCUGCGCUCUAAGAAGAUCCUGACCAGAGAGGACACGGAGGAGAUCAGCUGCAGGACCACGAGAGGGAGACGCACCAGCAAACUGCUGGAUAUCCUCGCAGAAAACCCACGGGGUUUAGACAUGCUGAUCGAGUCCAUCAAGUGGGGCCGCACACUCAACUUCAUCAUCGCAAAGAUCACAGAUGAGGUGCAGCGCGUGAAAAAUGAGCGACUAGAAGCUUUAAAAGGUAAAAAAACAUUAUUUAAAGGGUCAUAUCAUGAAUCAAAUACUGCCGCUGUUAUUCAGAAUUAGAACGUUUCUUAAAGA